ACUCGGCUCUCUCCCUCUCUCCUCUCCCCACUCUAUUAACUACCUACAGAAGACUGAGAAAGACUAAACAAAAGAACUAUAAAUUAGACCCAAUCCAAAUCAGUCCUCUAGGGUUUCCUCCCCAACACACAAACAAAAAAGCCAGACAAAAACCCUAGCUCCCUCUCUCUCCCUCUCCCUCUCUACCACAUUGAUCUUCCAAUUGAUCUGAUCCAAUCCAAUAAAGAAAAAAUUUACAAAGGUAAGCUCUCCGACAGCUGUCAAUUUCUCUGUCUUUCUCUCUCAUUCGAUCUCUACCCUUUUGAAUAAUCGUCGGAUUCUGGAAUUCCAGAGCUGCCUUUGUGAAAAACCCGGAUAGGAAAUCCGUAUUUUUGCUUAGAAAACACCUAUUCGGAGCAUAAAGUUUGAAAUUUUGAGAAAAAAAUUAAUUGGAUUUUGGACCUGAGGGUUUUUGGGUCCAUGGAUGAUCUCGAAAAAGCAGUACUUAUAUUGUUUGAUGAGUCGGGCACCGUUGAUUCUGAGCUGAAACAGAAGGCAAAAGAUUACUGUGAUAAAAUUAAGGAACAACAGGCGAUAUGUAGUGUCUGUAUUGAGAGGUUGUGCUUUUCGAAUUUAGUUCAAGUUCAGUUUUGGUGCUUACAGGCUCUACAUGAGGUUAUUAGAGUCCGGUACUCGUCGAUGAGUGUAGAUGAGAAGCUUUUUAUCAGGAAAUCGGUGUUCUCGAUUGCAUGUCUUGGUGGGUUUGAUGAUAAGAGUACUGUUAGGGUUUUAGAAGGUCCUGCAUUUAUAAAGAAUAAACUUGCUCAGGUUUUGGUGACUGUGAUUUACCAUGAGUACCCAUUGAUUUGGUCGUCGGUGUUUGUUGAUUUUUUGUCACAACUGAAUAAAGGGGCAGUGUUGAUUGAUAUGUUCUGCCGGGUUUUGAAUGCUUUGGAUGAGGAAGUGAUUAAUUUGGACUACCCUCGGACACCAGAGGAACUAUCAGUGGCAGCGGGGAUUAAGGAUGCUAUGAGGCAGCAGUGUGUAGCACAAAUAGUUAGAGCCUGGUACGAGAUUGUGUCUAUGUAUAGGAAGUCUGAUGAAGAGCUUUGUACUAGUGUAUUAGAAUCAAUGAGGAGGUUUAUCUCUUGGAUUGAUAUUGGAUUAAUUGUGAAUGAUGCCUUUAUCCCGUUAUUGUUUGAGUUGGUUUUGGUUGAUGGGCUCUCCGAACAACUCCGUAGUGCUGCAGCUGGAUGUUUGUCAGCAGUAGUAUCGAAAAGGAUGGAUCCACAGGCAAAACUACCUCUUUUGCAAAGUCUUCAAAUGCAUCGAGUUUUUGGACUAGUAGCUCAGGAUCGUGACUCAGAGUUGGUAUCUAGUGUAGCUGCAUUACUUACUGGGUAUGCGGUUGAGGUUCUUGAGUGCUUUAAACGGUUGAAUUCUGAGGAUGCCAAGGGUAUUUCAAUGGAGCUCUUGAAUGAAGUUUUGCCCUCUGUAUUUUAUGUUAUGCAGAACUGUGAGUUGGACUCGGCAUUUAGCAUUGUGCAAUUUCUUUCAGGUUAUGUUGGCACAAUGAAGACUCUUUCCCCAUUGAGGGAAACACAGCUGGGUCAUGUAGGUCAUAUUUUGGAAGUGAUCCGUUCACAGAUCCGCUAUGAUCCUAUGUACCGUGAAAAUCUAGAUAUAUUGGAUAAAAUUGGAAAAGAGGAGGAAGAUAGGAUGGUGGAGUUUAGAAAAGAUUUGUUUAUGCUGCUGCGUAAUGUAGGUCGUGUAGCACCUGAUAUCACUCAGAUAUUUAUUAGAAACUCAUUGGCUACUGCUGUUGGAUCAUCCUUAGACUGGAAUGUUGAAGAGGUGGAAGAUGCACUUUCUCUUUUCUAUGCAUUUGGUGAGUCAAUAAAUGGUGAGGCAAUUAGAACUGGGAGUGGUCUAUUGGGUGAAUUGGUACCGAUGCUUUUAUCUACAAGGUUCCUUUGCCAUUCAAAUAGGCUAGUUGCACUUGUGUAUCUAGAGACAGUAAUGAGAUACAUGAAGUUUGUUCAGGAGAAUACCCAAUAUAUUCACUUGGUUUUGGCUGCCUUUCUUGAUGAAAGGGGUAUACACCAUCCAAACGUCAAUGUGAGUAGAAGGGCAAGUUAUCUGUUUAUGAGGGUUGUGAAAUUGCUGAGAGUGAAGCUUGUGCCUUUCAUAGAAAAUAUUUUGCAGAAUUUACAAGAUUCAGUUGCUGGGUUUACAAGAAUGGAUUAUACAUCAAAAGAGCUUUCAGGAUCUGAAGAUGGUAGUCACAUUUUUGAGGCAAUUGGUUUAUUGAUUGGCAUGGAAGAUGUACCACCAGCAAAGCAGUCUGAUUAUCUCUCUUCACUUCUCACACCUCUUCGUCAACAGGUUGAAGCAUUGCUCAUGAAUGCCAAAGUACUGACUCCAGAAGAGGCACCUCAAAAAUUUGCUAAUAUUAAGCAGAUAAUCGUGGCGAUUAAUUCUCUCAGCAAGGGCUUCAGCGAGCGUCUUGUGACUGCUAGUCGCCCUGCACUUGGUCUCAUGUUCAUGCAGACAUUAGAUGUUCUUCUUCAAGUACUCGUGGUGUUUCCUAAUGUAGAGACUUUGCGCAGUAAGGUAACAUCAUUUGUACACCGCAUGGUGGACACUCUAGGAGCAUCUGUUUUUCCUUACCUCCCAAAGGCACUGGAGCACUUGCUUGUGGAUAGUGAGCCAAAGGAAUUGGUUGGUUUGCUUCUAUUGCUCAAUCAACUGAUAUGCAAGUUCAACAUAUUAUUCCGUGACAUACUGGAUGAAGUAUUUCCUGCUAUAACUAGUAGGAUAUUAAAUAUUAUUCCGGUAGACACACUCCCUUCAGGACCUGGAUCCAAUACUGAGGAAAAUCGGGAAUUGCAAGAACUUCAGCGAACAUUAUAUACGUUUCUUCACGUGAUAACUACACAUGAUCUAUCUUCUGUAUUCCUAUCCCCCAAGAGUAAGAGCUACUUACAACCAAUUAUGCAGUUGCUGUUGUUCACAUCUUGUAAGCACAAGGAUAUUCUUGUAAGAAAGGCAUGCGUACAGAUAUUUAUUAGGCUGAUUAAGGAUUGGUGCGCGAUGCCUAAUGGUGAAGAAAAGGUACCUGGUUUCCAGAGUUUUAUAAUAGAGACCUUUGCUACGAACUGUUGUUUGUACAGCCUGCUCGACACCUCUUUCGAAUUUCGUGAUGCAAAUACUCUCGUUUUGUUUGGAGAAAUUGUACUGGCUCAGAAGGUUAUGUUUGAAAAGUUUGGCAAUGAUUUUCUAGCUCAUUUUGUCUCAAAGGGUUUUCCAGCAGCACAUUGCCCCCAAGAUUUGGCUGAGAAAUAUUGCCAGCAGCUGCAGGGUAGUGAUAUAAAGGCAUUGAAGUCAUUCUACCAGUCACUUAUUGAAAGUUUGAGACAUCAGCAGAAUGGGAGCCUUGUUGUCAGAUAGCAUCGUCAGUCACCGAAUGACAUUAUCUCGUGUCAGAAUGUUCCCUGUUUUUGUUGUGUCACAAUUCUGGCAAUGCAUUUUUGUUCACCCAAGGUUCUUUCUGUAUAUAGCUUUUGUGCGGCUAUGUUAUGAGAAGUUGUAUAUUUACGGAGGGAGUUCUGCUCAUUGUAUAAGAAGUUGAGUUACUUCAUGGAGCUGCUUAGUCUGAGAUCAAGUGCCUUGUGUUUCGAUAUUCUUUUUAUGGUUUUUCCAAUCUUUGAUUCAUCCAAGUUUUUAUGCUUCUUUAGUCAUACUUUACUAUUUGAAGCUCAAGAAGUUUAGAUUUGUUUGUAUACCCUUUUAAAGUCAGUUGACACAAAAAAAGAAGAGAAGGAAAAAGAAAGGAUGAAUCCCUCUGAUGGUUUCAUUGUCAAGUCCAUGUUGAAAUUCGUUUCUUGUACUUUUAAUUCCGAAAAUCUGCUCUUAUGUUUAGUCACUUAACUAUCGCUUACCUUCCAUUCCGAAAAUAUACUGUAUUUUUUAAUAAAACAAUAAAGAGUACGAAGUAUUUUUACUUUUUGGUC